AUGGAACAAAAAGAAUUUGACCCUGCCCUUACAGAACUUGGUGAACAGGAGGCUGUCAAGGGCGCCGAGGAGCUGAAGAAGUACGGCUACACGCACUUUGACGUUGCUUUUACCUCUGCACUCCAGCGUGCGCAAAAGACGCUUGAUAUUCAACUCAAAAUCAUCCAACAAGAGGAUCUAAAGGUUCACAAGGACCAGGCUUUGAACGAGCGCGACUACGGCGAGCUCACUGGCCUCAACAAGGAUGACGCUCGCGAGAAGUUUGGCGAGGAACAGGUUCACAUCUGGCGCCGUUCUUUCGACGUCGUGCCCCCUGGCGGUGAGUCGCUUAAGCUCACUGCUGAGCGUGUGUUGCCCUACUUUAACAAAAACAUCCUUCCGCUCGUGCAAAGUGGCCAGUCUGUUCUCGUCGCUGCGCAUGGUAACUCUUUGCGCGCCGUGAUCAUGGCGCUCGAGCACCUUAGCGGUGAGCAGAUCGUGAAGACGGAGCUUGCUACGGGUGUGCCCAUUGUUUACAAGAUCGACGAGAAGGGCAAUGUCGUCGAGAAGCGAAUCCUCGAGUAG